AUUCAUUAAAUCCACUGCCUUGGAAGUUGAAGUACCAGAAGAACUAACAGAAGCUGGUCGUUAUGAAGCACGUUUCAUUGGCAAUGACAUUGAUAGUGAAUUGGAUAUUAUUGAAGAAAAGCAUGCUUCCACAUUGAAACGCAAGAAGUUGAAGAAAUUGAUCAUCCCCCUGUUGUUGGUAUUGAAAAUCUUCAAGCUGAAAUUGCUGCUCUUCUUGCCUUUCAUUUUGGGCAUUGUUGGCCUUAAGAAAGUUCUCAGUUUGGCUGCCAUUAUUCUACCCGGUGUAUUUGCCUACUUCAAAUUCUGUCGUCCUCCUGGUGCUCAUCAAGGUGGUGGUCUAUUCUCUGGUUUAUUUGCUGGCAAGGAAUCAUUUACCCAAUAUUCGCCUCAGGGUGUUGGUCCAGCUACCUACUAUCAUCAUCAUGAUCAUUAUGAACAUGGUGGCUAUAGACCAGAACCACAAUUCUCUAAACCUUAUGGUGAUUAUUAUAGUAAAAAUUAUCAAGAUAGUGGUUCGGCUAAUACCGUCAGCUUUGGUAAUACUGCUCAAGAUGCUGCUUAUUCCGGUUAUUAUGGCAGAAGUACUGGCAAAGAUAUUGAAAGUACACAAAAGAGUUAA